GUUCGAUUACAAGAGACAGUUUGAGUACAUCGCGGCUGCGAUGAGCAAGAAGAGCAAGAAAAGACUCAAAAGCAUCUUCCUGGCUGUCGCUGGUCGUCAACUUCAACGUGUGUAUGAGAGCUUACCCAAUGCUAACCAUGAAACCACUGGAGACGGCGGAGAUGAUUUCGAAAAUGUCAUACAACGAUUGGAUACUUAUUUUGCUCCGAAACGCCACGACACCUUCGAGAGGCACGCAUUUUGGACGCAGAAACCAGUCACCGGCGAGACCCUUGACAAAUUUUUGCUGCGGGCCAAGGUAUUGGCCACUAAAUGUCAGUUUGGAACAACGGAACGAGAAAGCCGCGAUGCAGCCGUGAUUGACAAGAUCGUAAUGCUUGCACCACCUGAAUUGCGACGGAAAAUAUUGGAGAAGCCCAACAUCAACUUGGACGAGCUUACCAACCUCGUCAACACCCACCUUUCUAUUCAACACCAAGUCCGUGAGUUGAACCAACAUGCUUCUAGUGCUGGGAACAUGCUAGAAACCAGUCGUGGCAGUACGUUUGUGAACAAAAUAUCCAACACUAAUGACAAAUCUCGCUGGACACAAAGCUAUCAAGUUUCCGAUUGUAGCAGAUGUGGUAACAGACCACACAAGCCAGAAGAGAACUGUCCAGCCAAGAACGCCAAGUGUCACAACUGCGAUGCCAUUGGUCAUUUCGCGAAAAAGUGUCGCGGAAGGAUUGAUAAGUCUGGUCCGAUAAAGCGCAAGUCUACAGACUACCAAGAUCAUCGCCGUUUCAAGAAGCCCAAAAUCAACGCUGUCAGCGCCAAUCAGUUGCCUGAAUCACGUGCUGUGAAAACUGAAGCUCAUCCGCAGGACUCCUUCAUAUAUGCAAUCAGCGAUAACCAUGACUAUAGAUAGUAGAGUAAACAUAGAUCCGCUAAGAUGAAUCCGUUGUAUCCAAACGAACUGUCAAAAUCUGUAUCCAAACGAGCAUGACGUCACGAUUUGGACAACAUCAAUGGAGCGCAUGACGUCAUAUUCAAUCGUCGCACUUCUGAAAAUUACUACUUACACGCUUGAAACAUUUUAGUCAGCGGUGUCCGCGGAUCUAUGUUUACUCUACUAUCUAUAACCAUGACGAGUUGGUUUGGUGUAAGGUCGGUGGCGUGCUCAUCGAAAUGAUGAUCGACUCAGGUAGCAAAUACAACAUUGUUGAUGAAUCAACGUGGCAAUAUAUCCGGAACAAAAAUGCUUUCCUGAAGAAUGUGCGUCCGUCAUCCAAACAGCUAUCGGCUUACGCGCAACGUGAAUCCUUGAGUAUCAUCUGUACAUUCGAUGCCGAAAUAACGGUUGUCGAGGGUAAUGGCCUCAGUGUUGACACUACAUUUUAUGUUGUAAAAGGUGGUGAACAGAACUUGCUAGGAAGAGUUACAUCGAAGCAGUUGGGAGUGUUGUUGAUCGGCCUACCUAGCGCCGUGAGUCCGGAGGAGAUUCAGCACAUUUCAGAUAACGCUAUUGAUAAGUUCCCUGUAAUUAAAGGUAUAAAUUAGUAUUUAGCUAAUAAACACAAAUUGUAAAAUUUAAUCAUACAUACAGGCGUCAAAAUACGUAUUAACAUUGAUGAAACUGUCAACCCCGUGGCCCAACAUGUUCGCCGAGUCCCAAUAGCUCUUCGUCAACAAGUCGAAGAUCAACUCAAUAGACUAUUAAAAUUGGGUAUUAUCGAAAAAGUUUAUGGCCCUAGUCCGUGGGUGUCACCUGUUGUAAUAGUCAUAAAAGACAACGGUGACGUGCGGCUGUGCAUCGACAUGCGUCGUGUUAACACUGCGAUCCGGAGAGAGUAUCAUAUGAUACCUACUCUUGAUGAUCUUCUUGCAAGGUUAAAUGGAUCCAUGUGGUUUUCCCGGCUUGACAUCAAAGAUGCGUAUCACCAAGUGGAAUUGCAUGAGUCAAGUCGACACAUCACGACAUUCAUUACGCACCUCGGGAUGUUCCGAUACAACAGAAUAUAACGUAGUUGAGAGGAAAGGAAACCGCGUUACAGUAUUUGAUCCCGUAUCCGGUGGCGUGCUUGAAAGAAACACGGCUCAUGUCAAGAAAAUACCCAAACAUCCUAACGAUGAAGGAACAUCAAGUGGCGUAUGCGAUGGAACACACAGUCCUGUAGUCGGUCACGAUCUGGAACCAGUGCAAACAUCUCGUCCAUUCCGUUCGAUGUCUCGACCAACCUGGCAACGCGAUUAAGUUGUCAAUCAACCAUAAUCUGGAUAAAAAGGAAGAUGUGGUGAAUGAUUCACUGAUCCAAGCAACCCGAUGGUACAGUAAAGCAUUCGUGAAUUAGUUUCUCUGGUGUGCAGACGUACCUACGUCAAAGUGCUACGAAGUUCUUAGUGUAGUUUCUAUAGAGUUUAAAUAAAAGCUUAUUAUUAGAUUCUAACAGUUAAUUAAACUCCAAAGUAUCACACUUAUAUAGUUGAUGUCUUCGGCAAAGUUGUUUGGUUGGUCAAAAACUUAUAGAUUAUGGGCCGUUUGAUUCGAUAUUCCACCACUAGGCAGUGCUAGAUAGCAUGCAAAUUUUUUAUCUCAUAAUAUCUCAGGAUCCUGAUUCCUUAGAAAAAAUGGUGUCUUAGUUGUUGGGUAGGUCAAAAAUGUUCAGUUGAUGAGCCAUUUGAUACGAACUCUCCUAUUGGGAGACGCUGGUGCGGGAUGCUUAUUAUUUUUAGAGAUGGUGUCUACAGCUGUUAUAUGGCAGGACAUGGACCUACCGAAUAUAGACACUAUAGAAUCUACAGACUUGGGGAGAAAUAGUUGAAUUACGCAAUUUUAGAGUGUUUUAUAGUGAAUUCAGUGUGUACUAAUAGAAAAUGACGUCACACAACCCACAGUUGUUAUUGUCGGGCCGCCACCAAACCGGACUUCGCACAAUCAAGUCGCGACGCGACGCAACUCGCGACGUUUCUCAAUCAUGUCAAAAGUAGUGCGCAUCCUUCCCGUUGUUGUCAGCAACACAGCGCACUAGAUGCGAAACAGUUGCGACACUUGUGGACCAAGAAAAUGGAAAUUUUUGAUUGAAUGUCGGUCUUGAUUCCAACCGGAUAGACAAUAUCGUUCCGUAAAUCUCGUUUGGCUAAACGAAUUGAUAGAUCGCUUGGUUGGGGGCCAUCCAUAAAUGGCGUAGCAUUUUUUUGACGAUUUUUGACACCCCCCUUCUCCCACUAUUUUCCCAUACCUAAUACAUGGCUCGUAGCAUAAUCAGAGACUCUCCCCACCACCCUAAAAUGCCACUUCAACUAUGGACGGCCCCUUACAGUUGUCUGCACCUUGGAAAGCAUAUGGAAUCUAUAGUGUCUAUAUUACAGAUUAUGGGAUAUAUACAAUUAUACUUUGAUCAUAAUCUACACAAUUUUCCACAGCACAGAGAUCAGACAUCCAAGCUCAGUUUCAAAACUGUGUAAGGAAUUAAACGUUCAUUUGAAAUGGCAACACAAGUGGCAACAUCGUGGUGGCGCUGCUAUCCCAAUGUUCCCACGCUGUUGUCGGUGGUAAAUAUAAAACUUAUGUAGAUAUGCGUACUCACCACUAAUUGUAGCAACUUGCCGCAUAGGUGACGCUAGUGUUGUCAACGCUAAAAAAAUUGAAUCCUUGCACAGCUUUCGAGACAAUUUUCUAUAGGCUUGGAUGUCUGUUCUCUGUGAUACAAAAUAUAUUUUCAUGAAAAAUCGAAUAAAAUGGAAUGUAAAUUUCAACGUUUCCUUCCCGUAACCGGAAGGAACUCCUGGAGAGAAAUUCCUGGAGGAAUCCCGUGAGGAGUUCCUGGAGGAAUCCUGGAAGAAAUUCCUAGAGGAAUCUCGAGAGCAACUCCUAGAGGAAUCCCGGGAGAAAUUUCUGGAGAAUCCCGGGAGAAAUUCCUGAAAGAAUCCUGAGAGGAAUUCCUGGAGGAAUACCAGGAAGAAUUCUUGGAGGAAUCCCGGGAGAAAUUCGUUGAGAAAUACCGGUAAGAAUUCCUGGAGAAAUCCCAGGAGGAAUUUCAAGUGGAUUUCCUAGAAAAACUCAUGCAGGAAACCCGGGAGGAAAUUCUGGAGAAA